UUCAUAUAACUCUUCGCUAGGGUUUUGAGAACUCUCUUGCUGCCGCUGCUCUUGUUCUCGGAUCCCAACCUCCGCCAUUGUUAGGGUUUUCACGCGCUCUCAGGGCUUCUCCAAAGAUGGUGCUUCCUAAUGAUAUUGAUCUGCUUAACCCUCCGGCUGAGCUUGAGAAGCGGAGGCACAAGCUCAAGAGGCUUGUGCAAUCCCCCAAUUCAUUCUUCAUGGAUGUCAAAUGCCAAGGAUGCUUCAACAUUACCACUGUCUUUAGCCACUCUCAGACUGUGGUAGUCUGUGGCAACUGCCAAACAGUUCUCUGCCAGCCGACCGGAGGCCGUGCCAGGCUCACGGAGGGUUGUUCUUUCCGGAGAAAGGGUGAUUGAACAUGAUGUGCUUUCACCCAUUCCUCUUUCUUAAUAUUGCUUAACGGAUAUGGAAAUGAGACAACAUAAGUUCUUGGGCUUUAGAUGUUGUUUAUUGCCGUUGGGUUAGGUUCACAUCUUUAGUUGUAGUUUCUUUUUUGGCAGUUCUCUUUGAUGUGGAAUGGUGUUUUUCAAGUUUAUGUUCUCAGUUAUUUAUGUUGUGUGAGGAAACACUCUGGUUCUGCUUGGAACAAUUCAACCUAAUUGCAUUUACAUUGAGAAACUUCUUUUUCCUCA